CUAUUUGAUCGGCUGUGACAACAUCUUAGCUAAGCUGCACACCAAGCACCCUGAGCUGUGUCCCAAAGUGGGCGGUUUUAUCGUCAUGCACAUUGAUGACCUGCGCCGCUUCGCGCCGCUGUGGCUCAAUAAGACAGAGGAGGUGCGGGCAGACAAGGCACACUACGCGAGGAACAUCACAGGGGACGUGUAUUCAUCGGGGUGGAUCAGCGAGAUGUAUGGCUACUCGUUUGGCACUGCUGAUGCCAAUCUACACCAUGUGGUAAUCGAUAACAUAAUGCUCUACCCAGGGUAUCCCCCCGUGCCAAACGUGGACCCUCGUCUCUUCCACUACGGCCUCGAGAUUAAAGUUCUGAAUUACUCCUGGGACAAGUCCCGCUUUCGCGACACCCCGCUAGCCCUCACCUGCGGUUACCAUUUCCCUGACCCUCCUGACGUUACGGAUUUGCCCCCGUUACCCUCUGUGGAUUCUGGUGGUGCUGCUGGUGGUGGUGGUAAGGGUGGUAUGGGCGGUUUAUUUGCAGGGCUUAGGGGUAGAGGAGGGGAGGAGGAGGAGAGGGAGAAGAAGCUGAUGGAAUUACUAGAGGAGCGGCGGAAAGAUUUCAUAGUGAUCGAGUGUGUUGCGGUGCUGAAUCGGGCUUUAAGAGAGUAUCACCGGCUGAGGCUUGGGUGCCCUGCGACUGGCGAGAAAAACGUGGGCGUUAUGGAUCUUACUGGAGCGUCUUAUAUCGAGUCGGGGAAUGGGGGAGGGGGUGUGAGGGAGCUUAGAGCUGAUGUGUGGGCGAGAGUGAGAAAUGAGGGAGGAGGGAUGGAGGUGGAGGAGGACGGGAGGGUGGGGAGGAGCGAGGAGGGGAGUGGGGAUGUGGAGAGAGUGGGGAGGUUUGUGGUAGAGAGUGUGGAAGUGAGGGAGAGAGGGGGAUUGGAGCGAGGGCUUGUUGUUGGGGUAGAGAUGGCAGAAGGCGAGAGGGAGCGGAUGGAGGAGAGGGCUGGGGAGGAGGAUGGGCAGGAAAGUGAGACAGGAGGGGUUGGAGAGGUGGGGGUAGAGGAGCAGCAAGGGCAGAACAAGCAAGGGAAUGAAGAAAACCGUGUUGAACAGCAUCCGGAGCUUCAGCAAGGAGAGGAGCUAUUGAAAGGGGCUGGAAACGGUGAAGGUGGAUUGGGUAGAGUGCAGCAAGGAGGUUCCGGGGUAGAAGAGGCGGAUACAUUCAAAAGCAGUGUCGGUGGUAUCAGAGCACAGAGUGGCAGGAUUCAACAAAUCCGAGGGCUCUUACGUGGCAGGCGAUCAUUGGUUGGAGGAGAUCUGAGCUCCGCAGGUGAUAUGGCGGCUGGUGGGGGGGAAGGGGGAGAGGGCACCACAGAAAGUGGGGUGGAUUGGGAGGCGGCAGCGGAAGCGGAGGGAGGGGAGGGAGAUGAGAGAAGCGCGGCGGGAAAGGAGGGCGAGGAAGAAACGAUUGGAGAUCCCUAA